AUGCGGCCGAUCCAUCGUAUACCCUCCUCUAUCCGUGUUCGCAGGACCGAGUCCGAGACAAACCGCAACAACCUCUACUCCUCCGUCGACGCCUACAACAGACGCUCUCCACAGCCCCCCGCCACCGCCUCAGAGCAGCCAAGCAACCGCACUCCAUCUCAACCUGACCAGCCAUCCACCGACUACUUCACGCUUCCUGCAACGCACAGAGGCUCCUCGUCAACCCCAGGUGGUGAACCAGCCACAAGUCUUCUUGAACGUACCACACCCAACAGAGAGCAGCCUGUAAAGGCAGAUGGCGCAGACAUCGAAGCCAAUGCCCAAGAUGACAAUGAGGAUCUGGACGACAAUGAGGAUCUGGACGACAAUGAGGAUCUGGACGGUAAUGAGGAUCCGGACGACGAUGAGAUGCUUCGUCUCGAGAUGCAAGCAGCAAGGCGUGCAAUUCACGACGAAGAGCAACGCGAAAAGCGUCGACGACGUGGACUGCCCAGCCGCAGUGCCAAUCCACCUGGCGACUAUCCACCCAUCCGACUCAGCGACGAGUCCUUGCAUCCGCAGAUCCCUUCCAGAGGCGCAAGUCGUAGACCGGGUGCUGUCGAAGGCCUUGCUAUGCGUCACCACCGACUCCACAAAGAAGAACGCCGGCAAAAGCGCAGGGAACAACGCAGUUCCGUGUCGACAUCAUCUUCAUCCUCAAGCUCAAGUCCUGCGCCACAGACUGCUUCGGAUGACAGCACAGCACAAGGAAGAAGCGAAAACGCACCGAUACAUCCACCACAUAACCGCAACCUUUCUGACGUGCAAGAGGAACAGUUCAGUCGUACCAGCACCUCACAAUUCUCGCAGUCCCGCCAAGCUGAUCAGUCCACUCAGCCAGAUUCCUCCAACCAACCAGAAGAGCAGAAUAGUCAGAGACAGAACCGUGCACGCCGUAACACUGUCGCAGACGAAGGCUUCUUGGCUCAAUCUCGCAGGCUGUAUGACACUUUGACACGGCGUCGAUCCGACAACAAUGUCACCAACGUCGAUCCGAAGCAACAAGCCAAGUUGAUGCGCUCCUCACGUGACAGUGAUGACAACAACAACAAUGGCCGCAACAGCUUUGAUGACAACCUCUACACAUCCGAGUCAUCGGAAAGCAGUGAUAUGCACGAGGACGAGGUGGUCGACUACCUUGACGUUGUGGAUCCUGAGGUCGCCACAGUAACCGCUCUACAAAAUGUCGGCAACUCGAUCUUCUUCCCUCCUAUCCCAAUGCUUUAUAACCGCAGACCCACAAUCAGCCUUCCGUCUGCCGUUGCAAAUCGACAGGUUGCUGCCAAUAACAGGAACACGCCACAAUACGAGCCCCAACGCGAGGACAUCGAGAUGGGUCUCAGGCCGAGUGCGGGACAGGGCUCAGUGCAGCAAUCCACCGAUGACGACGGUGUCAAGCGUCAGGCCUUUGGCAACAUCCGCCGGGUUGCUUCCCUUGUUCCCGGUCGAAAGAAGAAGCAGGUCCCACCCACCACCGAAGAAGAACGUCGCAAACACAUCAAAGAGUGGGCUGAGAUGGACGAAGAAGAGCGCAACCAACUCGACGACCACGUUCACCAGCUGCUCACUAAGAGGGCAAAGUUCAAGCGCGCUGCUCGAGGUUUCUGGCGAUACGUCAAGACACCGCACGGUUUCAUCAUCACCACUUAUGCCUUCCUCAUCACUUUCUGGGGUACAGCCAUUUGCCUGUUUUUGCUCAGAUGGAUCGAUGUCGGCAACCCUGCGAGGCAACGAUACUGGAUCGAGAUCUGCGAUCAGAUCUUGUGCGCGCUCUUCGCAGCGGUUGGAUUGGGCUUUGCGCCGUUCCGAGCCGUGGACACGUAUCGCAUGGUUCAGAUUGCGCACUACCACUUUUUGACGUACAAGCGAAGGCGAGAGCUUGACCUUCCCGAGCUCAAAGAUAAGAACGAGUUACCUCGUGCUACGCCUCGUCUCAACAUGUCGCAGAUGACCAACACUAUGAUGGUCUUGACUGGGCUCAGGAAGGGACCGGCUCAAGUGACAGAGAGUGGUAAGGCUCCCGAUGCUGAAGGUGCUGCCGUUUCUGAUGACAGCAACAAUGUCAGUGCUAGCGAGCCCGGACCGCGACAAGGUGGAAGUGCUGAUUCGUCUUGGGACUUUCUCGAUGCGACUCAGUCCAGGUCGAGUGCAAACAAGGUUGAGGAUCUCAAAGAAAAGUGUGAAAGGCGACACGAGCAUCGGUUCUUCCAUCGGCAGAAGCAUCACUCCCACGAGAAGAACGAUGCCGAUAAGGCGGACAAAGAAAAGCAGACGACAGAAGAAAGCGGCAGCCCAGCUGCCUCAGCAUCACCCGAAGCGAAAUCCAGUAAGACUGCACACAAGACCUACCCCAACAAAGACGGCAUCAUCCCCCUCGGUCAGCUCAAACGCAACCCCUCCAUCGCAUCCGAACUCCCCCGUGACGCAGAAGACAUCGUCGUUCUCAGUCCGAAACAACAAGCCAAUCUCGAAUAUCAACAACGCAAAUUCCACGAAUCUCACACUUUCUACCGCUAUCGCGAGACUGUCACCCAUCGACCAUUUGAGCUUUCGCUCAUGAUGGCAAUCGUCAUUCUGCUCGAUUGUCAUUCUUGCUUGCAAGCUUCGUUGGGAGGUACAACUUGGGGUAUUUACUAUAAGAAUCGACCCACAUCGGUGACGGCUACGAUCAUUACGUUUUCGUUGAGCUGCAAUGCUGUAGCUGGUAUCUUGAUCUGGUGGGGUGGAAGUAGGACCAAGAAGAAAGAAGAAGUGGAGAGGUUGUUAAGGAUUGCGUUGGAAGAGGAGGCUUUGAGAAAGAUGAGGAAAAGACAGAGGAAGUUGAGAGAAGAAGAGAGACAAGCGGAGAGAGAGUGGGCGGAGCAAGGGAGAUUGUUGCAUCCAAACACUGCGAUUGGUGUUGUUGGUGGAGGGAAGGAGGCGCAGAAUGCAGCGGUGGGUGAUGGAACUGCUGUGCCUAACGCUUCUGUUCAACAGACUUCUGCUUUGAAGUGCAUUCAGGAACAUUGA